GGCGGCAUGCAUGAUUUUCAUACAAAGUAGGUUUUUGUUUUUUCCGUGCGUGCGAUUUUUCUCCGUGCAUGAUAUAUUACACUCUUCACCUGAAACUAACUUUGGGGAGGCGAGUUUUAGGUAGAGAGUGUAUAGUUCGGGAACUAUUAGACACAAAUAAAGGCGAAUCCCUAAAAAAAAUAUUUUUUUAAGAUAUUUUAAUUUUUGUCUAGAAAAUUAACAAAAACUACCUAAAAUGUCUGGUAGGCCAAUAAAAUGUGUGGUCGUGGGCGAUGGAACAGUCGGAAAAACAUGUAUGCUAAUAUCAUUGACAACUGACAGUUUUCCAAGUGAAUACGUGCCAACAGUUUUCGACAAUUAUUCCGCACCUAUGGUCGUUGACGGUGUUCAAGUUUCAGUAGGACUUUGGGAUACUGCCGGCCAAGAAGACUACGAUAGACUCAGACCACUUAGUUAUCCACAAACAGACGUUUUCCUCAUUUGUUUCAGUGUUGCAAGCCCUUCCUCAUUCGAAAAUGUUACAUCAAAAUGGUAUCCAGAACUGAAGCAUCACUGCCCUGAAGCUCCAAUUAUACUCGUUGGUACCAAAAUAGAUUUAAGAGAUGAUAGAGAAACAUUAAGUGCAUUAGCAGAACAAGGAUUGAGUCCUUGUAAAAGAGAACAAGGGCAAAAGUUAGCAAAUAAGAUAAGAGCUGUCAAAUACAUGGAAUGCUCGGCUUUGACUCAAAGAGGACUGAAGCAAGUAUUUGAUGAAGCAGUUCGAGCAGUUCUGCGACCAGAGCCAAUUAAAAGGCGCCAAAGAAAAUGCAUUGUAAUGUAGACAUUUAUAUUUUCAUCGUAAUACUCAUCAUCAAGAACUAGCAGGAAAAACAGUUGAAGCAUUCACCAAAACUUUUUUUUGUGACAUUUUUUUAAUAAUUGACUCAAUUUGAAGUUAGCAACAGAACCUUAUUUAAAAUCAUACCAAUAUGUGUGAUGUUUGUCUAGCUUACGUUUACAUCACUUCUAAUUUACUCCAAUUGUGACUUAUAGAUUAUAAGUCGUUGUAUCCUUAAAAUAUAUCAAAAGAAUCUGUGACAGUGAUUCUCAAACUACGUUAAAUGAAACAUUUGCAGAUGUGAUCAAAAUUUUUGAAAAAUCUUCGAUCGCUUAAGUCAAGUUUUUAAUGAAAAUUUCCUUAAAAGUCUGUGGAAGAAGUUUGAGAGUCACUGGCGAUUGGACAAAUUUCUCACUUUGAUGCCAUAAAAUCAAUCAAAAAUCUUUCUUUUGUUAUCUCCAAUAUUUUCAUGAUUAUCAACAAUGAUCAAAUAUUAAUUAUAAUUUAUUACCUUACCUUUCUUUUUAAUGGGAAUGAGAUUCAUGAAGUCUUUGAUAUUGAGUAACAUGAAUAUUGAAUUCUUCCCAAUUCUUUAAAUUUUCUCUCUUUCUUUAAAAUAAAAGCUUCAAAACUUCGCAUAUCGUCAAUGGCCAUAUUUAGAAACAUAAGCAAAGAAGGUUCUUUUCAAUUAAUUUAUUUUCGUGAAACUUAUGAGCCAUGACCAUUUAUCUAGUUAAAGAAAAUUACGCAAUUCAUUAAAAACUCACAUGAAACUUGUAACAAAAGGCUCAAAAAAUAUUAAAGAAUUAUUUGUUUUUAAUUAAAUAUUGCUAAACUUUAUUAUAGAUUCAUUUUUUUUUUCUAUUCUCAAAAGCAUUUUAUCUAACAUUAUGAAGCCGUAAAAGUUUUCUCAGAGUCUGAAAAUUUUAUAGAAAUUAUCAACGAAUCUCUUUUUGAAGAAAUUAUAAAUUCAGUAAUGAAAAUAAUUUGCGAUUUGAUGUUUGUUCAGAUGAAAAAUGCUGAUUUUUGAUUUAGAUAAGACAAAAAUAAAAUAUCAUGAACUGACAAAUAAGAAAGCUUUCUCAUUUCGAUGUAAAGCUGUUUAUGAAUUAAUGGAAUCUAAUUUUUACUGCAUUUACAAUCUGUUACAAUCUCAUUUUUUUUUAUUCAAUGCUUUUUUUCUAAUGAUACUAACAGCUAAUGUUUAUUGUGAAAAAUGAAAAUAAAACAAUUGAUUUUAACUAAAAAAAGUUUUGAAGUUAAUUCUAUCAAAUUUACAACUAACGAGCAAUUUC